AAAAACUCGUUAUAUUUUUCCGAUUCACGCAUAUAUUUUAGGAUAUUUUCAUAUAUUUUUAUUUAAGACAUUGUGAAAACAUAUAUAAAUACUAAAAGUAUAUGCAAUGAGUAACACCGCAUACUCGGCUUCGGAAAGCGAUGCUUCCGAGUGUCCAGAUAAUUCAUAUUGUAUAUUUUUACAUCUAGUAGAAGGAAUUGGUUUGCAUCGCCGUGAUGGUAUUGGAGAUUUCACUGAACGUCAUAAGGACAAGGUUAUCUUAACAGCUACACUGAAUGGCGUAAAGUUCGAAGUAGAAGGACACUCUACAGAAACUGUAACUAUAUUUAAUAGCAACUGCAUUUGGGAGUGCGAGCUUAGUGAUAUUAAAAGAAUGAAAACGGAUAAUCGACCAGUAAAACUUGAAAUAUUUAUUAAAAGUGGACGAACGGAAACCUCUCCUCGGCGAGGUAUAGGCUCUCUUCUGCUGCCAAUUAGAGGGGUACCAGUAAUCACAGUUUUGAAAAAUGUGCAGCUCAAACUUCACUGGCAUAAACUGAACGUGCUGAGCUCUGAAUGGCGACAAAAUAAACCUGAGAUUUAUUUACUUUUAGUGAUUGUUAAAAAGAAUCUUAUUGACAGUGGUCAAUUUGAAGUAUAUGUGGGAAAGAGAAAAGGAAUCAUAAAUGAGACGCUUUCACCAAAAUCAUCCGAGACAUCACUAAUGUUACAAUCUCAAAGUAAUGUAUACGUGCAGCUUCUGGAGCAGGUGGGCCUCAUACAAGUGGGCAACAAUCCAGAUGUCGAUUGUGACAUAUUCAAUGUGACAUUAACUUUUAAACAAGUGAAGAAUCUACUGAAAGUAUUAGAACUAGAAAAGAAUUUUAGUCGGCAAAGUAGUGUGUUUGUUUUUCAUUAUGACUUUUUGGGAAGCGCUUCCACGCUUGAAAUAAUCAUAAAUCAGUCCGAUUGCUAUACUAUUAAUGAAAAAAUUUCUCUUACUUUUAAAUCGUCCCUGAGUAGUUUACGUCUGUAUUUCCAACGUAUUUUCUAUAUUCCUAUAAGACUCUACUUCAAUGGCGCUAUUGUGGCAAAUUAUCGCUUGGAAUUUUCCAAGCUCUUACCAGAAGACUCAUUCUUUCAUACUAGCAAGACUUUCAGUAAGAGUGAUUCUUUCUGUUUCGAUCGUUUGAGUAAGAUCGUUAGUCCUCGACUGCCGAAACCUUCUGUGGAUUAUAUAUUUUGUGUUCAGCUCGUGACUAAUAACUCAAAAAAGUCAAAUACGCAUUUUACACCGCUGACGGGGGCAUAUUCAUCGUAUAAGAUCGAUGAACGAGAAUCUGUUGAUAUUACAGAGUGCUAUAGAAAUCUGGACUUUCCCAAUACAUAUCAACAAAAGCGCGCACCUUAUGAUGCUGGACAGUUAAGUAAUCGUAAUUUUAGUAACUUCGAAAUUUAUGAACGCAAUUUUAUGAAAAUGCAAACCGAUGCUUUUAUAAUUGGUCGGGUUAUAGGGGAAAAUACCGAACUUCUUGCUAAAUCAUCUGAUGAGUUCUCCAAAAGUUUAAACCUUAAUGUGACUUCUUUAGUGCAUCAACAAAAUAAAACUAACUUAUCUAAUUGCUGUGAUAGUGAACUGACACGUUCACAGGAAAGUAUAUCGAAUGUUGAGCAAUCGAAGACCGGAAACUUACAAAGGGUGAUAAUGAAACCAUCAACUCAGUCGAUUGGCGUUAAUACAGAUCCUUUCGACACUGAUCCCGAGGAGUUGACACUGAAAAUAGUCCAAGAAUUAGAGGAGUGGAAAACGCAACAAAUGGAGCAUUUCAUUAAAGGCCUCGAACAAAAAGAGAUUGCAUAUUUAGCUGAAUUGGAUAAAGAGUGGGAACAGCAAAGAUCCAUACUGCAAGCUAGAUUGGAAGCAAAAAUAGCGGAAUGUGAGAGACUAAAUGCGAAAUUGGAAAUGGCACAUGCAGAUUUAAACGCGAACGCUUUAAAACACCAAGAAACGGUCAGUAUCGUGCAGACUGUUAAACAGGACAUUGAAAGAAGUUACGCGGAGAAAUUUCAACAAUUAGAUGACGAGAUGCAGCGGCUUAGACAUGAAAUUCAACAGCGAGCUACAGAAAGUGCCGAGCGUGAAAUGGAACAAGCACAACGGAAGACCCAAGCAGCGGAGGCUGUUGAUUUGGAGUCAGAGGAAAAACAGGAAAUGAAGAUGCGGAUUGAGCAAUUGGAAAGGCAAUUGUCUGCCAUGGAGAAAACUCAUUUCUCCGCAGAGCAGCUACAGGGUAUGCUAAAUGAUCUGCACAAACAAACCGAUCGUUUUGCCGAUAUAGAAAAAGCAAAAGAUUUCUAUAAGUCACAAUGGUCAAAAUCUGUUCGGGAAUUACAUAUAUUACAAAUGAAUUUGUUAAAACAACAGGAGAAGGCAUUAGAAGAUAGGAAUGAUGAGACCGUUGAUAUAUGCUUGGAAGAGAUUCUGCAAGAGGAACAAGAAGCUCUACAUAGCGACCGUAACGAAUUGAAGUAUAUUAAGGAUUUACUUUACGAUUCAUUAGAGUCGGCAAGGCUCGACGAAACUCGUGCCGAAUAGGUUUUGACAUUUUAACUGUUACAAGUUACAAAAUUGAGCUGUGAUAUUUGCAUGUAGGUAGUUUUGUAAUUUUUGUAUGUAUUGUUAUAUAUUUAUAUUAAAAGAUAUAUAUAUAUAUAUAUUUAUAUUAUUGAUGAUAUUUUGUAUAAUGCCAAUGUUUUAUAUUCCAGUCCUAUAAAUAAUACACGUUUUUGCUUAAACUCA